GGAGGCGGAGGAAGCUGCUGGUUGUUUCUGAGAGUGACCGCUGGCUCUGUGCGGCGCGUUCGCUCGUUUUAAACUCGUAUUUGUUCUUUAGCGUUUGCGGAGACGUUGCGCGAAUGCGGGGAGAGGAGUCGUCCGACUCUGAGUCGGGCAGGAUGGACGAAAGCGUCGUCCGUAGGAGUUUGGAGACGCUGUGUCAGGAGCUAAAUAUGGACGAACAAACGGCGACGGAAGCCAUGGAGAACUUCACUGGCAUUUGGACCAUGUACACCCUGGAGGGGGAGGUGGUGCACUGGCUAGCCUGCUCACUGUAUGCCGCCUGCAGGAAAGGGUCCACUCCCACAGUGGGUAAAGGUGUAAUGGAAGGAAACUGUGUCUCCCUGACCAGAAUCCUUCGCUGCGCCAAACUGAGCUUGAUCCAGUUCUUUGCCAAGAUGAGGAAAUGGGCCGACAUGUCCAACCUCACACAGGACUUCCGUCAGCGGGUGGAUCGGCUGGAGAGGAACUUUGAGGUUUCCACUGUGAUAUUUCGAAAGUUUGAGCCCAUUUUCAUGGACAUGUUCCAGAACCCGCAAGGAGGAGAGCCUCCACGGCAGCCACGCAGCAGGAAGCAUAGGCGACUGCCAUGCCACAUCAGUGAUGUCUUCAAGUUCUGCUGGACUCUGUUCGUCUACACCAAAGGAAACUUCCCCAUGAUCGGCGACGACCUGGUGAACUCCUACCACCUGCUGUUGUGCUGUCUCGACCUGGUCUUCGGAAACGCUCUGCUCUGCACCAACAGAAAGGAUCUCAUCAAUCCCACCUUCAGAGGACUUCCGGCAUUGUACCGUGCAGACGGUCACGUCUCGGCAGACGGUCACGUCUCGGCAGACGAGCCGCCACCCUGCGUGCUGGAGAGACUGUGCGAGCUGCACGACGGCCUGGUGGUGGAGGCCAAGUGUAUCAAGCAGCAUUACUUCAAACCUUACAUCCACAAGCUCUUCCAGAAACGAAUUCUGAAGGGAAACGAAGAACUGCUGACGGAGCUGUUGGAUCCUCUAAACUUCAUUGACAACAAUAAAUGCUUGAACCGGGAGUAUGAGGAGUAUGUGCUAACGGUAGGAGAUUUUGACGAGCGAGUGUUCCUGGGAGCCGACGCCGACGAGGAAAUCGGAACGCCCAGAAAGAGUGUACAAGAGCCGACUGCCAGUCAGACGUGUGCGCAGGCGCAGCCACACGCGGAGAAGUCUGGGUCCCUCGCCCCUGCCACCCCCUUGACCGGCCGUGUCUACCUGAAAGAGAAGGACCUGUUCAUCACACCAGUUUCCUCCGCGACACAGAGCGUCAGCCGGCUGCAGAGCAUGGUGGCCGGGCUGAGGAACAACCCCAGUGACCAGCUGCUCCUGAUCUUCAAGUCAUGCUCCAGAAACCCUGUGGAUGAGAUCCAGUCUAGAAUGAAGAGGCUCGGGCAGACCUUCAAAGAGCAUUACACCAAAGACUCUGAAGACACUCGGGGCUCUCACAACGACUUUGCCGAAAACCGUCUGAAACUGGCCGAGAUCCUGUACUACAAGAUACUGGAGAAUGUUAUGGUGCAGGAAACCAAGCGUCUGCAGGGCAUAGACAUGAGCGUGUUGCUGGAGCAGGACAUCUUCCACUGUUCUCUGAUGGCGUGUUGUCUGGGCCAGAGGACGUUUCCCUGGAUCAUCAACGUCUUCAAUCUGGCUCCCUUCUACUUCUUUAAGGUGAUUGAGGUGUUCAUCCGCUCAGAAGAAGGUCUCUCCAGAGACAUGGUGAAACACCUGAACUCCCUGGAGGAGCAGGUCCUAGACAGCCGGGCCUGGACCGCUGACUCUGCUCUGUGGAGUUCCCUGCAAGCGGCUGGGAACAAGGUCCCGACUGUGGAGGAGGUGAAUUUCUCCUCCAGCCUUGACUCUGGUUCUGUAUCGACCAGUACGACUCAGUCCCAUCUCCCCAUGAUGGCCCUCUCUCCCAUCAUCCAUCCUCGCAUCAGAGAGUGCCGGACCGGUGUGGGCAGCGCCCGCAAAGAUGUGCCUCCUUCUCCAGUCCACGACAGGUACAGCUCACCAGCUGCCGGUAGCGCGGCCAGACGCCGUCUGUUCGGUGAAGACCCGCCAACUCUGAUGCCAGGAGUGAGUCGAGUAUCUCCUGCCAAGAGACUGACCUUUGACACUAGCGGCACGCUGAAGAUCGCAACCGCAGGCGGGCCAGCCACUGUCCUCAACAUCCUGCCACAGGGCAUCAACAACGACCACACCAUCACGCUGAUCCCGGUUCAGCCGUGCGACUCAUCGGGCACGGUCACCGCCCAGUUCCUGUUGACCGCCUCUCCCAGCCGACCUGCACCCGCACCAGUGACCUCUGAACCCCCUCCAAGCAGCGGGAAACCCAGACGAACCGGGUCUUUGGCUCUCUUCUUCAGGAAGGUCUAUCACCUCGCCAGUGUGCGGCUCAGAGAUCUGUGCUCCAAGCUGGACAUUCAAGCUGAUCUCCGAGGGAAGAUCUGGACCGCGUUUGAACAUUGCCUUGUUCACUGCACCGAGCUGAUGAAGGACCGUCACCUGGACCAGCUGCUGCUCUGCACCAUCUACAUUAUCUCCAAGAUCACCAAAGACACUCGCACCUUCCAGGACAUUAUGAAAUGUUACCGCAGCCAACCACAGGCCAGCAGCCAUGUGUAUCGCAGCGUCCUGAUUCGUGGAGCUCCCAGAGAACAUGUGGCGGACGAGAAGAUGGAAGUGGAUCAAGCAUCUGGGGGUGAAUCGGCGGAGAAAAGCGGGCGGGCGCAGGAGUCGGCCGGUGGCGGAGAGGAAGAACGCGGCGACCUGAUUCAGUUCUACAACUGCGUCUUCGUGCAGAUGAUGAAGAGUUUCGCCAUGAGAUACGCCACCAACGACGCCAGAGCAGACGCGCCGCCACUCUCACCCUUUCCCUCGGUCCGGGCACAGCCACUCUCUCCUCGCCGCAUCUCUCAGCGGCACUCGCUCUACGUCUCGCCACACAAGAACUCUAGUGGCUGUUUGUCGCCAAACUCCUUUACUCACAGGAUCAACAGCAGCCCGUCCAAGGACUUUUCCGACAUCAACCGCAUGAUCCGGCAGGGCUGCGUGAGCCGCAAGAGAGCCUUCACCAUGGAGGGCGACAUGAUGAUGUCAUCAGCCUGCGACUCCCCCAGCAAGCGUGCAUGUCCAGAGAACGGCAGCAGCCCAGACGUGCUGCUGAAACGGCUGCAGGACGUUGUGUCAGAGCGCCAGAGUCACUGAGCGGACACAACGUUUUUACUGCCACUUUUAUCUUCCUUGUUUCUGUUUUAGCUUCAGAAUCUGACUUUCAAAAGACACCCGUCGCAAUUAUUAUUGCAGAGUUCAUGUCGGCGAUGGUCAUGUGACUUGUUUUCUAUUCUAGUUCAACUCGGCGCGUUAUUUAUUACUUACGAUGUCACAUAGUACCUUGUUACCGAGGUGACGCCCCUACUGAUAGUCCAUGUACAAAAAAAGAAACCAGAGGAUUAUUUAUGUUUUUAUUGUGAAAGUCACCAAGCUGUCAAUCAUUCAGUCCAAGUCUGGUUGUAUAUAGUUUCCUAGAGCUGCCGUUUUUGGUUUCUUCUGUGAGCUGUGGGGCUGUACAGUGUGUGUGUGUCCGUUAGAAAAACUGUUGUAUCUUUGUAACAAAAGAAAGUUAUUUUCU